AUCUUAGAAAGCAAGAUGGCGCCGGCGUACAAUACUGUUUCGUUAUUUGCAAGGAUUGAAGCUUCACAAACAGACGAAAUGGAACUUGAAAAAGCGUAUUGUUUGUGUGGUUCGCGGUACGAUCCAAACGUGUUCAUGAUCCAGUGUGAUGUGUGCAAGGACUGGUUUCACAGCGGAUGCACGGGCUUUCAAGAACAAACAGCGCCUGAAAUAGACAAAUAUCACUGUCCCAGGUGUGCAGAUGACUAUGGUCCAUCACAAUUCAAGCCAUACAAGAAUUUCCACAGACAUGAAUACUGGGAGGAGAAUGCCAACCACAAGCCAGUACAAACAGGCACAGUCACCUUUAUAAAAGAACUCCGAGCAAGACACUUCAAUAAUGCAGAUGAGAUUGUGAUACAUCUUAAAGGACACAUGCUGAAUGAGGCAUAUCUCAUGCAGCAUGGCUUUGAUGUGCCACUGGUGAUUGACAACAAGGAAGGAUUGGAUAUGAUUGUGCCACCAACAGACUUUACUUUAUAUGAUGUUGAGAAUUAUGUUGGUGGUGACCAUGAAAUGGAUGUGAUUGAUGUAGUUAGGCAGUCAGAUUUGAAGAUGAAACUGACUGAUUUUGUUAAAUAUUUUUAUUCAAUGAAUAGAACUAAGGUUUAUAAUGUUGUUAGUUUAGAAUUUUCUAAAACAGGGUUGUCGAAAUUGGUCGAUGCGCCUUUGGCUGCACGCCAACUGGACUGGGCGAAUGUAGUAUGGCCGAAAGAAUACGCCUUCGAUCAGCUUUGUGUGCAAAAAUAUUGCCUCAUGAGCGUGAAAGACUCUUACACAGAUUUCCACAUAGAUUUCGGCGGAACAAGCGUAUGGUAUCACGUACUUAGAGGACAGAAAAUCUUCUACUUAAUAAAACCGACACCCGCCAAUCUCACACUCUAUCAGCAGUGGAUGACGUCGAGUAAUCAAAGUGAGACAUUUUUCGGUGAUCAGGUCGAUCAAUGCUUUAAAUGUGUGCUGAGCGCUGGCCAAACAAUGAUGAUACCAACCGGUUGGAUUCACGCUGUUCUCACACCUGAGGAUUCCUUAGUUUUCGGCGGGAAUUUUCUCAAUAGUUUAAAUAUUUCCAUGCAAUUACAGAUUUACGAUAUAGAAAAGAAGGUAAAAACGGCUGUUAAGUUUUUAUACCCGUUUUUUGAGACGAUUCAUUGGUUUGCCGCUCAAAAAAUGCUCAGCCAAAUACAGAAACUGAAUGCAGAAGGAGGUAAAUGUCCAGAUUCUUUAUUAUCAGGGAUUAAAACACUUGUGACGUAUUUAAAAUCAUGGAAUACGAGCACAGACAAAGAUAUGAUUGUAACAUCGAAGGAUCAGAUUCCAAUGGGAAUAAGUGUUGCUAAAUUGUUUAAAGACAUUUCCAAGGAGGUGCGGACAGCCGAGAGACUUAUAAACACCUUGAAUCCGCCAAAACCAGAACGCGAAUCGAAACGGGCACGUAAACGACCGAUAAAUAAAGAUUUCGUUGAUUUUCCUUUCAAGAAAACGUCACUAGAUUUUCUUGAAAAAUCUGAAGUAAUGCCAGUGAAAACCGUAAAAAAAGCAGCGCCAAAACCUCGGGUACGACUGCCACCGAUAAAAUCUCCAGAAAAGAAGCCAAUACCGUAUUUUAUACCACAACAAGACAUGCCAGAAACAGCCACAGCUGUGCAUCGAGGUGGAACUGUUUUAAAAAUUAAACUGGCAACAAAGGAUAUUAUACCAAUUAUGGACAAUACCACAAUAAAUCCACAAAAGUCCAUUUAUGAUUUUAAGGAUGACGAUUCACUUGAUGAAUCGAUGCAUUUAUACAUCGAUGAAAGUCCACAACCUAAAAAGAAAAAAUCCACGGUUGAUUGGUCGCAGAAAAUGCUUGUUGAUGAAGAUAAUCGAGCAAACGGAAUAGAAUCUCUUUUAAAGGCUUCAGCUUUAGCGACGAAAUUCAUAGACACUAAUGAUCAAGGUAGAACAUCUCCAUCAACACAGGAAGCCAUUGCUGGGAUGUUAUCAAUCAGUCAGACUUUUGUUCAACCGAAGAAAACAAAAAGUAAAAAACGUGUCAGUGAUCAGAAUUUACUGGAUGAAGAAGAAUUGCAUGACGUGCACCAGGAUGAAGAUUAUAUUUACCCAUCGAUUGAAGACGAUGAUAUAUACAAUCCAAUGGGUAUUGAUCAAUCAUGGAGUCCUCGUGCUCGUGUUGGGCCUCUGCUGCCCAAAAUGAACCGUCCUGCCCGCGAGGGCACCAAGAAACAGGCUGUGGAGAAAGUACUCGAGGCAGCUGCAAAGAGAUCACCUUCUUCGGCAAAUAAAAGUGCAAAACGAAAUAAAAAUCGGAGGAAACCCAAACCACCGAAAUUGUUAUUAGUAGAUAAACAAAUACCAACGACGAGUAUUCCGAUUGUACCUGGUCCUUCGACACAAUUACCAGCGACGCCAACAACACCACAAACACCUACGACGCCACGAAGUAAAAAAGGUAUGAAAACAGCGAAACAACGCUUGGGUAAAAUCCUCAAGCUGCACAAAAUGAAGCAUUGAUUCAUUGAUAGCUCAAUUUACUAUAAUUUUUAAUUUUACGAGAUGUGUUCAUUUGAAAGCAGAAUAUUGCUAGGUUAAAGUUUAACUUUAUCGGCUAAGUUUAAAUAAUUUAUUGUUAUUCUCCCACUAUUAUUGCCGGUACGAACAAAAUGGUUAGUCAACAAAUUCCAGUAUUAUUAAAAUUAAUUGCAAUCGUUUCUUCUUUUCCUCAACUCGCUAUCGCUGAUUAUUUGUAUGGCAUUCCAUCUUUGCACUUGGUAAAACUCGACAAAAACUGGGAAAAUGGCAGAAAAGUUUUUGGUUCUUCUGUGAUUGUUGCAAAAUGAAAUUUUGCAAUUCUAUGCGUAUAGUGUUCUAGUUCAAUAUUGGUAACUUGACAUCACACUUUUUUACUUCGACUAUUGCCUAUUGAAUUGCGCUAGAUGCAAUAUGUAAUUAAAUAAUUGACUAGAUAUAAUGUACAGAUUCGUAUCUAUAGAUUAUAUUUGAUAACGGAUGGUUUUUGUAGCUUUAUUAAACAUAUGUGUCGUGGAUUUUAUCAGUUUAUUAAUGCUGAUUUCGUUGUUCACAUAACAUUUUCACUCUUCAUAAAUAAAUAGCGAUUUAUUUUGAUAUA